UCCAAAAUAUAAAUAGUUGUUAUUAGUACCGGCAAUUUGGCUUUGGUGCCUUAGUAGUGGUGUGCUUCACCUUAGUGAGAAUGGGACCUGGAGGGCUGUCGGGGUGGGGACCACCUCAAGGUCCGGGAGGCCAACCGAUGCCUGGACCUAGAGGGCCGCCUGGGUGGGGCCCUCCUCAAGGUCCGGGAGCCCAACUGAUGCCUGCACCUGGAGGGCCGCCUGGGUUGGGUCCCCCUCAAGGUCCGGUAGGACCCGCUGGUUUCGUUGGUAGUUUUUGCAACUUUAUAGGCUCUUGCCUGAGCUUGUUUUGCUGCUGCUGGUUAUUACAAGACUGUUUUGGACGCCCAAUGGGCUCACCCAGGCCUGCAGGACCUUAUGGACCACCUCCACCAUGAUCCAAUUGCUUGAUCCAAAACAGGAGAAAUAAAAUGGUCUAAAGUUUAGAGUUGUGAUUAUAGUUGUUUCCUUCUAUUGGAGCAAGCUCUCCUUUUUUCCUCUUGUGAUCUUCCACAUCUAUAAUUCUCCAAAUUCCCUAAUAAUUAGUAGCUAUUUUGACUUGCUCUGUAAAAAGCUGAUUUUCAUGAAGACAGUUGUAAUUA